GUUAGUUUUCACUCUUCAAAAUGAAUACCAGGGAGUAAGUUAUAAUGGCAGUAAUGUUUUGACACCUGAGCAUGGUUUAAAUGGGGGUAUUAGGAUACGAAGCCAUGGAUUAAUUUAAGUGUGAUUUUCAGAUUAAAGAUGUGAAAAACGGCGAAAGAGGAAUAAUGGCUUCCUUGGGAUGGCAGGGAACAGGUGUAUGUUUGAUUUUUCAUAUGAUGAUACUACAUUAUAGGCCUAGUGUGUGUGGUGAUUCGAGUUCCAUAGUUAUUCCCUUUACAAUCCCAGUGAAUACAUUCAUAACGAAGCUUUCCACCAGCCAUGCUGAAUUCAACACCAAUAGAAAGCUAGCCAAAUCAUUCUUCCAUAUCUCUGAGGAUGGAAAAUUAACAACGAAAAAGGAAUUGUUUUCACAUGUUGGAAAAUCAUUUUCUCUCUUUCUAUCAAAUGACUUCAAUGAAUAUCCAUUCAUUGACACUUUACAUUUAAACAUAAGUCCCUCAUCGGAGCUAAAAGCAUUUUCCAGUCAGACUUUUUAUGGCACGAUUCAGGAAAAUCUGCCACCUGAUUCAGAAGUGAAAUGGAAGGAAAAAAUCCAUCUAAAUUUUCAUGCAGUGAAAUACACUUUACAACCUUCAAAUAAAAAAUUCAUAGUGAACAUUACAACAGAUUCCACAUCUAUCUCUCAAGUGAAAAUUGUGACUACAAUUGAGCUAGAUCGUGAAAGUGCGAGUGAAUACAAUUUCAUUUUAAAGGCUUGGCUGAAUGAUUCUGUAUACACAUCUACCAUUUUAAAAAUCAAAGUCCUUGAUAUCAAUGACUGCAUUCCAAAAUUUUCUCAGAAAAUUUAUAAAAGUACAAUUUAUCUAGAUAGUAUACUUGCACCUAAUACCAAGGUAUUGAAAAUUUCUGCAUUUGACCAAGAUUUAGCAGAUCAAAUAAUCUACAGUCUAAGUGGUACAACAGCCUUUGCCAUUCAUCCAAAUUCAGGUUAUUUGACUACAAAUGCAGUACGUCCAGGAAGCUAUAACUUCAAAGUCUAUGCAACAGAUACCAGUGGAAAACAAUCACAUGCAUUAGUAUCUAUCCGCAUCCUCCAAAGUACUCUAAAGUUUAGACCAUUCCAUCAAAUUUCCAAACGUCAAGCAAAAUUCAUGACAGUGGAAAAAACCUAUGUUGUUCUAGAAAAUCAAACAGCUGGAACUGUUGUCUUCAGUGUGGCCUCUGUACCAGCAGCACCGCCAGGGACGGAGUUUUAUUCCAUUCUCUACGACUCUAUUCAGGCUUUUCAGGUGGACACGAGGGGGAAUGUCUACCUGAAGAGUGGCCGCAUCCUAGAUUAUGAGAAUCCCCAACACAGAAAUGUGACAGUCCGCUUCAACAUCACCUCCUCCCUAUCCCAAGAUUACCAGAUUUGGACUGUACAUUUGAAUGUGACAGAUGUAAAUGAUGAGAAGCCAAGAUUUGUAAACCAGCCUCACCCAUUCCUAGCCACAGUAGCUGUCAAUCCCAGAAUAGGAGAACUAGUAUACGAACUCCUAGCAACAGAUCCUGAUACAAACUCUGAUAUACAGUAUAAUCUGGUGUCUGGUGGAGAAGGGAAAUUCACAAUAGAGCACAUAGACAGGGGCAUUGGUCGACUAGGUCGCAUAGUGACGACAGUUAAUGGGAAUGGACAGUUCAUACCGGGUCAGGAGUAUGAACUGGUGGUCUCUGCUCAGGACCUGGGGGCCCCCGACAUACAGAAGUCUAACUUUGAAGUUGUACGCGUGUUGGUGGGCUCCAGGCCCCCACAGUUCUACAGCUUUUACAAACCUUAUGUGGCCUUUAUCACCGAAAACAAUCAACCGGGAUACAAGUUGCAGUCAGAAGGAACGACUCUGAUUGUCCAAGCCAAGGCUUUCCAGUCUAAGUCUGACAAGGGGGCUGUGGAAUACCAGCUUACAGACAACUCUGGCUACAUCAGCUCUGUAUUCUCCAUCAACUCUGAAGGGGAGAUCGAGGCCUUACAGAGCCUGGACUACGAGACUUCACCUCACACUUACACCCUCAAACUUAUAGGCACCGAAAAGUCCACAGGGCUCAGUAAUGCCACCCAGUUGAUUGUUCACCUCGAAGACGACAAUGACAAUGCUCCAGUGUUUGAAUUAUCUACUUAUACCAAUGUCACAAGUGAAGGCACACCUGUCAACGCAGUCCUGUUUUCAGUGACAGCAACAGACAAAGACUCCGGGUCUAAUGCUGAGCUGACAUACACUGUCAGUGAUGAUAGCUUUGUCAUAGAAACCAGAAAAGUCAAUGGAAAAUACAUCGGGGAUCUAAAAGUGGCAAAGAGAUUAGAUUAUGACAGUCGCGCUGAUCGCCAGUAUAAGUUUGACGUCAAAGCCACCGACCACGGUAACAAGUCGUUCUCUGGACAGGCCAGUGUGGUGCUGUACGUGACUAACAUUAAUGAUGAGGCCCCGGUGUUCAGUGAGGAGAAGGACAAUAUCGUGGCUAAGAUCCGGGAGGAUCAGAAGGCGGGGAGUUAUGUCACCACCGUACAGGCUGUGGACCCUGAUGGGGACAACAUCAAGUACUACUUCUCUCCAAAGCAUCAAGUAUCAAAAAACUCCUUGUUCAGAAUCGAGCCAAAUUCUGGAAUAAUCACCCUGACCAAUACAAUUCCUCCCAGCAUUCCCAGCUACAUUUUGAAUGUGACAGCAUACGAUGAUGGAAGUUGUUGUGGGGGCUAUCCUCGACUUAGCAGUAGUUCCUUUGUCAUCAUUAAGAUCAUGGACAUUAACAACAAUAAUCCCACAUUUCCCAGCUGUAAUUAUGCACCUUCAGUGUUGGAAAAUCAGCCACCAGGAACAAGAGUUGUUGAUGUUAAGAUUUAAGAAUUCUCUGUUGUAACCCCUAACAACCAAGAAAAGAACUUUGUCAAAGAAACCGUGGUUACCAAAAAACGUGAAAGUUGGUGUUACUCGGUCACCAUCAAAGCAGAGGAUCAUGGGGAAUCUCAACAGCUGAACACGCUCUGUACUUUCUGGGUGAGGAUUCUGGACAUUAAUGACAAAUGUUUGAUAAAUCCGAGUCGUAAAAUUGCUGACCUUGGUCAGGUACGAGGGUUGUCCCAAAAAGUCGUAGACAAUCUUUACCAAGAGAAAAUGAUUUUGAGAAUAAUGGCCAAAGAUAAGGGAAUUCCCCCUCUCUCCUCCAAUGCUACCAUAACUAUAACCUUGACCACAGGAAACCAGAACCCUCCCACGUGGAACGACAACUAUGAGGGUCAGACAUACACAGUGAAUGAAACCUCCCAGAUUGGGUUCCCGAUCGCCACAUUCAGUGCCACCUCCCAUGUGGACCCACCACUGGAUGGAGUCAGUUUUGCUUUGGUGGAUUCCAACGGGAACUCUCAGCAGACUGUGGAAAACUUCCGUGUGGAUUCCCAGGACAAGACAAUGAAGCUUAAGGUGGCUAAUCCACUUGAUGUCAGUGUGAAGAGUCUGUAUACUCUGAGAUUGAGAGUGACGAAUCAAGGUCUUACACCUCUGUCUGAUGAGAUAAGGAUCACGGUGAAGGUCCUAGACAUGAACAACAAGCAGCCACAGUUUGAAGGACUGGACCCCACCCUCAGUAAUUCCUACAGAGGCAGUGUCCCAGAAAAUGAGGAGCCAGGACAGUCAGUCAUUACAGUCAAAGCUGUGGAUCCUGAUCUCCAGGCACCAAAUAAUGUGGUUAGCUACAGUCUAGUGCCUGAUAGAUAUGAUGCCUUCAAGAAAUUCCAGAUAGAUCCCAAUAGUGGUUUAAUCUCCACAAACUACACCUUUGACAGAGAAACCAUGAAGGUGUACUAUAUUACUAUCAUGGCACAAGAUGGAAGGGCCUCAGACAUCCCAUACCAUGAACCCAGAGGGACAUCUAACUCUGCCACAACACAAGUGAUGGUGACCAUUGCUGAUAAGAAUGACAACACGCCUUACUUUGAGAAAUUGUUAUAUGAGAAGGACGUUCAUGAGCAGCCAGCAGAUAGCAGUAAAUCUAUCCUGACUGUCAGGGCCAGGGACAUUGAUGAUGCUGACACCCUGACCUACACAAUUACAAGUGGAAACACUGGAAAUGUCUUUGGCAUCAAGUCCAAGACAGGGGAUAUCUAUGUGGCCAAAGAUCUAGAUUUUGAAACGCCACCAAAUUUGUACAAGCUGAAUGUCACUGUCAGUGAUGGCUACCAUAGCAACUACACAGAGGUCAAGGUCAGGGUGAAGGACAUCAAUGACAAUGCCCCCGAGUUUUCUCAGUCAGAGUAUAUUGUCACCAGUGUAGUGGAGGAACAGCAGCCACCUGCUGAAGGAUUGUUUCUGAUAAAGGUUAGUGCAACAGAUAAGGAUACCUCCAGGCAAACCAACUUUAGGUAUAGUCUGAAUACAGAGUAUCGGGAUACUUUUCAAAUCCAUCCAACAUCAGGAGUGAUAACACUACACAAAUCUCUGGACCGAGACCUUCCUUUUGGUCAUGCAGAGUACCAGUUUAAUGUCCUGGUUGUCGAUGAGCCCAACACUGAAGGGGCCUUGGUGGGAUAUGCUUAUGUCAAGGUCAAACCUCAAGAUAUUAAUGACAAGGUUCCAGAGUUUACUCGUGAACUUACUGGUUUUGUUCCAGAAAAUUCUGAAAAAGGUAAAAUUGUGAUGACAGUUAGAGCUGUAGAUUACGACUUGGGAGAAAAUGGCACAGUAUACUACACCCUUGGGAAUAAUCGGCCAGCAGAUCCCAAAACAGGAGACAGUUUGUUUGUGAUAGACAGCAUCACAGGGCUAGUCAGAUCCAACACAAACACGCUGGACAGAGAAAAAGUGGACCAGUACAUACUGCCCGUCAUAGCCACAGACCGAGGAAAAAUCCCUCUUAGCAGCACCGCCUCUCUCACGAUUCAAAUCACGGACAAAAAUGAUGAGAGGCCAAGGUUCAACAAAAAGAUUUACAGAGCCACGCUACCGGAGAGCCAGACUUCAGGGUUGAUAAUCACAGUGGCUGCCACUGAUGACGAUAUCGGGAAUAAUUCUAAAGUUACUUACUCCCUGAAAAGUGACCUCAACUUCUUCUCCAUCAGUAGCCUGCCUUCCAAUAAAGGGGCCCUCAAUGUCUAUAAGCCUGUGGAUUAUGAGGACCCCAAACAGCGGUUCUUCAAUCUGACGGUCCGUGCCAGGGAUAAUAACCCCCUCCAUUAUGAUGAGGCCUACAUAGAGAUCACAGUGACUGACGCCAAUGAUGAAGCCCCUACGUUCACAGAGCCAGUUAAAACUGACUAUUUUCCUGAGAACAUUCCAGAGAAAUUCCUGCUCUAUACCUUCACAGCCUCUGAUAAUGACAGCUAUCCUAAUAAUCAGUUCUUUUUCCAAAUUCGAGAACAUUCGGACAGAUUUUAUGUGGAGCAGGAAGGCAAUCUGGCCCAUGUAAAAAUCCAGGCUGGUUUGGAUGGUCAGACACUGGACAGAGAAACAAAGGACCAGUACAACAUCCAGGUCUUAGCUAUUGACAAAGGCAGUCCACCAAAGACAGGCUCUGCCACCUUAAGGAUAAAGGUGACAGACAUUAAUGAUAACCCUCCCACAUUUGCGGAGAACUACAGACCUAUAGUGAUGGAGGAGACUGAUCCUAUUGUGACAGUGGGGACUUUCAGUGCUAUGGACCCAGACACACUUAUCUAUGGUCCUCCAUUUGUCUUUGAGCUUCCACCGUGUGACGAGAACCCUACUUGUCAUAAUGGGGAUCAGAACUUUUCUCUCUUUUAUGAUCCAAAUGGUGCAAAGGGAAAUGGAACUUGUACAAUAUUUGCCAACAAAAGAUUCCUUAGAGAACAAAAGAAGUUUUACCACCUGCCUAUCAUCAUGAAGGACAUGGGUGGGCGGGGCAAGCAUAUGAGUGGCACCAGUACCCUCACUAUCGAGAUAGGGGAUAAAAAUAACAACCAGCAUGUGGAUGGCUUCAAGGAAAUCUUUGUGUACAACUACAAAGGUAUGUUUGGCAAUGUAGAGAUUGGGCGAGCUAAUGCUAACGAUCCAGAUGACUGGGAUUAUGUAGAUAAACACUACACCAUGAUCAGCCGAAAUGGGAUGGAAAAAUUUUUCAAUGUCAGUAAGAUAAAUGGCACCAUUACAAUGAUGAGAGGAGUUCCUGCUGGUAUAUUUGAAUUUAAAGUGGAAGUCCAUGAUUUUAAAGUAUUUACAAAGAAAAAUGCUACAGCCACCAUAAAGGUGAUAGUCAAGGAGAUAUCAGAAGAGGCAGUGUAUAAGUCAGGAUCUGUCAGACUAACAGGAAUCACAGCUGAGGAGUUUGUUGAAAUACCUAAUGCUAUGUCAGGACAGAGUCAUUAUGAUAAAUUCCGCAGACUUCUGGCCGAGAAGUUGAGGGUCCCCUUGUCCUAUGUUGAGAUCUUUAGUGUGAUGAAGAAUGGUCCAUAUGUGGAUGUUAGAUAUGCUGCACAUGGGUCCCCAUGGUAUCCAGCAAACAAACUGGAUGGCAUCAUAGCCACAAAUAAAAAUCAGUUUGCUGCAGCAGCUGGAGGUCAGAUUGUCAUGGUUAACAUUGAUGAAUGUCAGAAGGAGAUCUGUGAGAGUGGGGGAUGCUCCAAUGUUCUGGUGGUGGACGAGAGGAAACCUAGCGUGGUUAACACUAAGACUCAGACAUUUGUGGGGCUGGGCACCAAGGUAGUGGCAGAGUGUCAGUGUAAAGCCAGGGACUUCUCACGGCCACUCAAGUGUACCCCAGACUUCUGCUUUAAUGGAGGGAUUUGUAUUGAGGACAACUGGGGGGACAUAAAAUGUGAAUGUCUCCCUAUGUUUGAUGGAUUCCGCUGCCAGCAGACGACACACAGUUUCUCCGGAGGAUACACACUAUACCCUCCCCUGGCUCAGUGUGAAGAGAGCAUUACCAGUAUAGAAUUCGCCACCCUAAAGGAAAGUGGACUCAUCUUCUACAAUGGCCCAGUGGACAAGAUGAGAAAGGGAGACCCCCAGGAUUUCAUUGCAUUGUCACUAAUUCAGGGUUAUCCUGAGUUGAUUAUCAAUCACGGUACAGGAGCAGUCAGUUUGAGGGUGAUGGGUAAAGACAAAGGGGGGAUCACCAGAAUGCCAGUCUUAAAUGAUGGAGCCUGGCAUCACCUCAACAUCAUACGGAAAGGAAGGGAAGUUACGCUGACAGUGGAUCACUGUAAAAAUGCACAGUUUGAUACCCAUAGUGAAAGCAGGGAAGAUCGGCGACCUUGUGAGGUCACUGGGUCAACAUCAGGUCAAAAUAAGUACCUCAAUGUUAACCAGAUGCUUCAGAUGGGAGGACGUUACACCACUCCUGACUUUCCUCAGGGAAUCACACAGGAAAGAUUUGAGGGAUGCAUCAGAAACUUGUACCACAAUGGAGAGCUGUAUGACUUGUACACGAGUUUGAAUCACCCUGGAGAGAAUCAUGGGAAUGGUUGUCCGGCGGAGGAGUCGGCCUGUAACAGUUUGAGUGGUAAGAGGUGUGGUGACCAUGGAACGUGUCAGAUGAUAACCCUCGGAGACUCAGAGGUGGAGUGUGUCUGUAAACCGGGGUAUCGACCAUCUACGUCAAAGUCUCCUAAAUGUACCCGAGAGACAACAAUCAGGAAUUAUACAGAGAAAGCAUAUAUGACAUGGAGUCUGAAAGAUAACUUCUUCAAUAUGCUAAGAAAGGAUAAAUUAGACAUUCACAUUAAAUUCAGGACCCGCGAUCUUGAUGGAGGGGUACUUCUUCAUCUGCCAUCAAACUCACAUGAAUACAUAUCAGUGCAGAUUAUCAAUGGCCAUGUUGCUGUGUUAUACAAUCUGAAGGACUAUGACAAUUCUUUUGCGGAUAAUAUAAUUUCCCUCUCAGAGGCCCCAGCAGCUAAUGGCCAAUGGCACAGUCUCUCAGUGAAAAGGAUUGGGAGAUGGUUUCAGCUCAAGAUGGAUAGUGGAGAAGGGCGGUACUACAAUGAAACAUGGGGCUCAACACAGGAUAGUCAAUUCUUUAACCUCAAGAGGGAUCAUAUAGUAUCGGGGUCAAUGGUGAAGUUUUACCCUAUUGCAGAUUUCCAUAGCAAAGAUCUUAGAGAGACUUGUGUGACAGACAUCAGGAUUAACAAUAAGUGGUUCCCCAUGAUGAUUGAGGAGAAUAGCCAGAGUGAUGCAGCGGAGGUGGAACUAAUAUCGGGGGUCAACAUGGGUUGUUUACGGGACGACUGUGCCCAGGCCCGCUGUCAUACCCUAGGACAGACAAUCAAACAAAUCUGUGUACCUCUCUGGGGAACUCAUGACUGCAGGUGCCCUCCUGGCAGUGAGCCUGGGGUAGGUAGCACAUGCCUGGCACUGGAUCAUUGUCAAGGCAUCAAUCCCUGUAAAGCAGGAGGUACCUGUAUAAACCUGCCUUUCCCUGGGACUUUCCGUUGUAUCUGUCCUAAAGGCUGGAUUGGCCCCACCUGUAACCAGCAGGCCAGUGCUGUGGAGGAGGUGGUGGAAGCGGGGGGCAUCAAGAUGGAGGUCCUCGUCAUCAUCAUUGUUAGUCUCAUAGCUGUUACUUUAAUUGCAUUCCUGGUGUUUCUACUGUGGCGGUCGCUCAGUAAGCGAGACAAGCGCAGGUCUAUUCUUUAUGAUGAUCAGUAUGAUGACAUCAGGGAGAAUGUGGUCAACCAUGAUGAGGAAGGGGCAGGUGAAGAAGAUCAAACCUGUUAUGACAUAACAAGGCUACGGAAACCUGAUUCUAGUUUUGAUAGAGGAUAUUACUAUUCAACAUUGUCAGCUAAAUAUAGAAAAGGUUUACCAUUAGAUAGUCCAGAGGUUGCAGCUUUUAUUUGCGACCGUAUCCAGGAUGUGAAUGAGGACCCCGCUGGACCACCCCACGAUAACGUGAUGGUGUUUUCCUACGAAGGAGGGAGCAGCACUGCCGGCUCACUGAGCUCCCUCAACACAAACAGUAGUGAUAACGACCAGGACUACGAUUACCUGAAUGACUGGGGACCAAAGUUCUCAAGUCUCGCCGUCAUGUACAAAGGGGAUGAAGUCGAUUGAGAAUAAGUUAUUUAAUAGGGAUUUUAAUGAAUAUUUUUGUAAGUUCUUUUUUGUACCAAAGAUCCAUGUUUCCAUGUGUGCACUAGUCAAAAGACAAUGACUGUCUUAUUUCAUAUACACAUGUCCAACUCUCCCCAAUUUUACAGAUUGAGGGUUUUUUGGUCAUGGUCUAUAAUGUAGGGAUGAAAACUUACAGAUGCAAAAUGAGCUAUUACAGUAUGGAUAUGCAAUAUGGUUUUAGAAAAUGUCAGAUUUUUUAUCUGAUAAGUCUUAAAUGAGUUUUUUUGAAGCUAGUUAUGCAGACAAAGUUCUAGUCUUGAUCAUUGCAUUAAGCACAGUUGAUCAGCAUUAAUGUUUUUAAAGUCUAUUUUCACACUAGUCUAUUGAAGGUUGUGAGAUUUUCCCUCUUAUAUUUUCAAUUUUAAACAAAAACCUGUUUUUAUCACUACACAAAUAAUUAAUCUUAUAUCAUUGUUUUAUUUUCCCACCAAACAACUGUGCCAAAGUCAUAGUAGCCGAUUUUAAAGAAAAUUUCUCUUAUAUGAAAUUUUGCUUCAAUUUGAGUGAUCAUCAGUAAAUAUGUAGAAUUUUAUACUCACAUGUUCGUUGAAGAAAUAAUAAUGUAGGCUUAAGGCAAAUCAGGUUAAAUUAUUUGAAAACAUUCCAGUAUAUGUCCAAAUGUUUAAAGUUCUGUAGUGUUAAUUUAUUUCAUGUUUAAGUGUCAAGAGCUACAUGUAUUUGGUGGUUUGCACAAUGUCAAGUCUUUCAUGAGUCUUGGUUAUGACUUAUGUUAAAAGUAUAUGUCAGUUUUGGUAUCUGUGAACAUUUUGCUUAGUUACCCAUUCUAAGAUUAAAAUAUAAAAUGAGUACACAAAACAAAAAAAUUCAUGCAAUUAGGAUGUUAAUCUUGGAUUGAUUGCCAUGAAAGAUAAUCCUAUCGGAACUUCAGCUUUCUAACACCAAAGCAUUUUAAUCAAAUAAAAUCCAGCAGUGUUUGAAAGACAAACACAGCUAUUUUUUAAUAUGUACAUGUAAUAGCAUAUCAAGAGAUUCUAAGAAGGUGAAUAUGAUUGUCAGUAGAUGUUUGACAUGUAUAACAGUUGUCCUAUGUUGGGGCAUUUAAAGUACUUGAUAGUACUAGAGUGGUCGACAAAAUAUAAUACAUGUAUGUGUUUGCUGUAUUUUUAGUGCAAAGCAUGUUGUCAUUGCUAUUUUAAAUGAAUGUUCAGUAUUAAAUCUUGGCCAAUGUCAAGUUAGUUUUAUCUGCAUGUAUUUAUACAUGUACAAUAUUGUUCAUGUCUAUUUCAACAAAUAUUUCCAUGUAAAAGUUGUGUCAUUUUAGAGCUAUUGAAUCCAUAUCCUUUCCAUUUGAAUGACUUUUUCUAUGAUGUCAAUGUUGUAUGCAUGUUUAUGUGAUAAUGUGUGAGGGAAAAAUAUAAGGAUUAAUAGAUGUUAUCUUCAUGUGCGGUCUUUGCUGUAAAACUCAUGUACAUAUACUUGUGAACAAAUUGUUUUUUGUAUUAUUAGUGUGUUAAGCUGCAUUUACUUGAGCAUUUCACUUCAGCAAGAGUUAAUCACUUCAGCAAGGUGCUUUAAAUAUACAUGUAUGUAGGUGCAAUUUUCUAUAUAUGCCAGUUUUCUUUGCCAGUUGUGUAAAUAAGUCUGUGUUGAGUCAGAAAUGGUUGUGAGUUGGUUAUUUUUUUGAAAUUUUGCUUUAUUAGUUUACAUUUGUUUUUUCCCCUGAUUUUUUUCAUUCUAAUUUUAGUUCCUUUAAUAUUUUUACAUUUUUUUUCUCUGGUUUUCUGUUGUGAUCUUUGUUACUUGAUCUUUCAAUAUCUGGUUAAUGAAACAAGCAAAAACUAAAUAAAUUUCUUUUUUCAUUGACAAGCAGGGUACUUUGAGAUUAAAAAGUGAAUUUGAUAAUGGUUGUAGUUAUAUGAUGUAAUUUUUUUUUACUGAUUUUUAAAGGGCUCUGUUGCUAUUUUUUGUGCAAUAGGUUCCUUGUCUCUUUAUUUUAUUGUUACACUUUUUUUAAGUUCUAAUGGCUUUACAGCUUUAGUAGUUUACAUAUUCAGAUUAUAGUGUUGUGAAACAUUAGUUUUUACCAUGUUUAUCACCAUCUUGAAUAUUUUUUAAUGAAGAUUUAAAUUAAAAGUACGCAAAAACAU